CGUAGCAGGGGAAAACAUCUCGCAGGUAUCUGGUUUGACGAACCACGAUGUGUGCAGGGUGGAUGUAUGUGUGUAUCGUGUGAAUUUUCGCAGGUGGUGAUUUUUCGGUGCAGGACGCUUCGAGGUUUUCCCGAUAGACAAACGAUAAUUCGGAAACAUAGACAUUGACUCGAGGCGCCGUGAUCGCGGGGCGUAUCCCAAAAUCUUGUAGAAAAAACGACCUUGCUUUCGUCCAGUAAACUACUUUUUCGAUACGUGCAUCGUGUUUUAUCGUGUCCCGUGGGAAAAUCACGACUGUGCAGCAAAAGAAGUACCGGUGAGAAUCGACCGAAGGGUUUGGGUUAUAUCGAAUCGAAAAGGAUCGAUUUGACACGACGACCACUGAGCUGAUUCAGCUUCGUGAACGAUGUCGAGCCGUUUUUUAACAAUUUGUGCGAAAUCCUGGCAUUGAACAACACCAGUGAGUCACUUUUGAACAACGAGCACAAAUUUUUCUAUCGUCGUCGAUCGCCUUACAGUGAAUCACUGCCAAUGAGCAAUCCUACCGACGAUUCGUACGUACAAAAGUUAGGUUAUCUGCAACUCGGAGAUGAGCCCAAUGACGCCGGAGGUGUUUCGGGUAGGGUCACGGGAUCACGACCCGAGGCCCAGGUACCCGUGUCAAGGAAUACUACGAAUAGAAUCGACGCUAGAGGACCUGGCAGACCGGUUGGUGCUAUUGAGAGCUUUAUUGAAGGUAAUGCCGAGACCUGUAGACAGCCGCCUACGGAUUAUAAAUUAUACGAGCGUGAAAACAUAAUAGCUGCGUCAAGGUUCGCAACGCCAAAACCUGUGGAACAAAUAGGUGCUCAACAACAGCAGCAAAAUCAGAACCGUAUGAGUCAUCAGCAAGCACCAGUAUAUGAGAAUAUUGAUUAUUACCCACAACAGACUCAACCUCAUCCCCCUUUCUAUCAUCCUGUGGAAUCUAGAAAGAGCCCUAAGAGUAGUCCAAGAGCUUCUUUGGCAAGCGAGUCUUAUGAACCUACCUUUAGGAAAGCGCAACCUCAGGUGCCCAUUGGGAAUAGAUAUCAGUCUCCGUCACCAGCUAAAGAGUUACCUCCGUAUGAAGCACCUCCUGUGUACGAGAAUAUUCAGGAGGUACAUUUUACAGAAAGCAGUCAGAAUAAACCAGGUCCUCAGGUGCCACCUAAUUAUUAUCAUCCAGCAACGAUCAAUGGUGGUGAUUAUGUUGUUAUGACUGGGAAAGUAGGUCAAGGACAGCAUCAAAGGGGUAUGACACAAAGUUUAUCGUAUACACAGCAAAGAGGUAGUGGCAUACGUGGGCAAAGUUAUGAUGGCUCAAGCUUACAACGCUCUGUUGAUUCUUCCACAUCAAGGUACUUACAAGGAACUUCCUCGUCGUUGGAUCAUCAGUCUGGCAGAAGUGCUUAUGUGCCACCGUCAGAACUGCAGACACCGACAAGGAAUUUUAAUUAUAAUUCUGAACAACAACAACAGCCUCCUAGAUCUGGUCUCCCUUACCACAGUGAAUCUCCACCUAUAAGAUUACCUCCAGAACCACAUCAUUAUCGUAGUUCUUUGGAUAGUGCAAUAAGUGGACCUCACAAUUAUAAACCAUACAUGGAACAAACGACAAGAACUGCAAGUGCAAAUAUCAGUGGGGAGACUCAAGCUAGAAAUUCACCGGUCUAUGGUGUACGGCAAGGAGAGCAAUCUGCUUGCCGUAAUUCUCCUUGUUAUUCUCCAAAUAGAGUGUUACCACUGAAUGAGAGGAGCUAUCACCAUCAGGAACCUAGAUCAGAAUUCUCUGCUAGGAACUCCCCAAUUUAUUCAUCCAAUCGUUCAUCGGAACAUUUAAGAUUAAGUAAUUUGCAAAGUGAUAGAAACUUUGUUCAGAAUGUACCUGAAUCUUCUGAAACAAAGACAGCACCCAUGUACUCACCCAGUCGUAGUGAUUCUUCUAGAAUUGUGACCAACAAUAACAGCAUGAGAGGUUCUACAAAAAUAAGUCCAGUUCACACUCAGGCAUCAUCCGAUACAAUUAUACAGAAUGUCAUGAAAUCACCAAGGCACAUGUCACCAUCUUCCACCAACAAUGUUGGAAGUCUUGUGUCCGGUCAAGUACAAACACCAGUAACUACUGCUACAGCUAUUACCACAGAAUCUGAUACAAAUGUUCAUGGUCCUAGAAUCACUAGUCUUCCUCCAGGGGUGACUAGUGGUGUGGCUGGCCCAGUUUUCUUAAAUGCUGGUGUACCUGUGCUGCAAAGGCCAUCUGAACCUGAACCAGAGGAAAGAAAGUCAGUCAGUCCACCAGUUAAGCCUACAUCUGGAAAGGGACUACUGCCUUACAAUGUCAUACCACCUAAAACUUCAGGACCCACUGAAGCGGAGAGGAAAAUAGAAGAGUUGACGAAACAGUUGGAAGAAGAAAUGGAAAAGCAGGAAGAGGAAGGGGAAUACUUUGGCAUCUGCCACACGUGCGGAGAGAAGGUGACGGGGGCAGGUCAGGCCUGCCAAGCGAUGGGCAACCUUUAUCAUACAAAUUGCUUUAUAUGCUGUUCCUGUGGAAGAGCGUUGCGCGGCAAAGCGUUCUAUAACGUUCACGGAAGGGUUUACUGCGAGGAAGAUUACUUGUACUCAGGCUUUCAGCAAACCGCCGAGAAGUGCGCGAUUUGUGGUCACCUCAUCAUGGAAAUGAUAUUGCAAGCUAUGGGCAAGUCCUAUCAUCCGGGAUGCUUCAGAUGUUGCGUGUGCAACGAAUGUCUGGACGGUGUGCCUUUUACGGUCGACGUCGACAACAAGAUCUAUUGCGUUAACGAUUAUCAUAGAAUGUUCGCGCCCAAAUGUGCUUCUUGCGGAAAGGGCAUCACUCCUGUCGAGGGUACCGAGGAAACUGUUAGGGUGGUCUCCAUGGAUAAAGAUUUCCACGUGGAUUGUUACGUUUGCGAGGAUUGUGGUAUGCAGUUGACCGAUGAACCGGACAAACGAUGCUAUCCACUCGACGGUAGACUCAUGUGUCGUGCGUGCCACAUCCAACGCAUAUCCCACAUGCAACCGAAGGCACCGCAACCAGUAUCAGCUAGCUAUCAAUACAUGGGCUAAAUUAAGUUUCAUAUUUAUAAGCGUUUCGACGAAUAUUCUAAACUGAACUGCAAGUAAGUCAUCCGACAUUUGCAACUAUUGACUGGUCCAUAUGGCCUAUUUACCAACGUGAGACCUAGGUUUAUCUACCGGUUUAUUCGGGAUAAGCGAGUAGAGAAUACUGAUAUUUGCAUUAGAGUUAAUCAAAGCCUACGAAAGAUACAGACAGCUUUAUUGUUCCUCUGAAAGGGAGACUAAGAUAACGAGCCAAGACUGGAUAUUUACGAAAUCGAAAUACUUACACUGCCUCUCUUGGGAUCACCUAGAUUAGUCAGAUCGGUGUUUGAUCUUUUUAGCAAUAUGUCGUACGUAUAUUGUCGAUCAACACGAAACAAUUUUCCAUUGACAGCUAAUAAUAAUAUAAGUUAGUAGUAUAUUUAAUAUAUAUAUAUAAAUAUAUAUGUGCUCUUAUUUAUUUGUCCACAUGGUACUGUACGCAAAUACAGUGUUCUCGUUAGGAUGAACGGGUUGCGCCAGGCAACUGUGUGAUAUAUUAGCAUAAUAAUUAUAUCGAUGUUAAGCAAUGAUUCCUUAUUUUAAUUCGUGUAUAUAACACGAGGUCGUGCUAUCACGUGUCCAUUUUAUGAAUGAUCAAGUUAGAGGACUUCUUUUUAUUGGAUACGUUCAAUGUGCAUCAUGUUUGAUGUAAUUGCGUUUGCUAACAGUAUUUAUUAUGACAAUACAAUUAUCCGAACUUAUACAAUACUCUUGAGAUUCGUCAAUACUUCUCAGGAAUUUACAUAAGGCGUAAAGGAACGUUGUCGCUGAAAAAAAAAAAUAAAGAAAUUCCAUGUUUAGCAAGGACAUGCAUUGAUUAUUAGGUGCAUUGUUACGAUUAAUUGUACGACGAUACCACGCACAAUUCGUGCUGCCAAAAAAAUAUCCGCUACAUUUUAUGAUCAAUGAAUAUCGUUGCUUUUAGAUAAGAUUUUAAGUCGCAAGUAUUGUAAAUAAAAAGUACAAUGUUAUUUAAGUGUAUGAUGUAAGGCGACCGUUCAAUAAAGAACAGUAUAUCUGAUCAA